UGUUCUCCCAUCAGGGAUAUUGUUAUCCUCCGAAUUCCCGCGACUUGGUAAAGUGGGUAUUCCAGUCGAAACACUUGUGACAAAAACAAGGGGAACGUUUUUAAUAAUUUGCACCGUCAUUCGGUCAAAGUCAAUAAGUCGGAGCGACGACCUCGAUGAAAUCAUUUGUCAAAUUAGAAACAAAAAACAAUAUCAUUUUUCCAAACUAUCUCUACUUUCUGCCCCCCCCCCCUCAGUUCUGUGCUUGUUUUCCAUCUCAGAGCGCAGCAGCAAUGGUUCUUCCCAAAACUCCGUCCCCCAUUCCUCUUCCUUCCUCCUCCCUCCUCCUGUUCCUCUUCUUCUUAGCUCUCCAAACCCCUCUCUCCUUCUCAGCUGACACCAUCUCUGCCAGCUCCUCCAUCUCAGGAGACCGGCAGCUAACCUCCGAAGGAGGCAACUUUGUUCUGGGCUUCUUCUCUCCACCAAACUCCACCAAGUACUACAUAGGCAUCUGGUACAAAAAAGACUCACAGCAAACCUCCGUCUGGGUAGCCAACAGAGAAAUCCCUGUCUCAGACAAGACCAAAUCCGAGCUAAGGCUCUCCAACGAUGGAAAUUUGGUGCUCCUCAACGAGUCCAAAGCCCAAAUCUGGUCCACUAAUGCCAACAUCUCCACCAACUCCACUGUAGCGGUUCUCCAAGACACUGGAAACCUUGUGCUGGCAGAUGGCUCCAACUCCUCCAGGAUCUUGUGGCAGAGCAUCGACCACCCAACUGAUACGUGGCUCCCCGGAGGGAAGCUCGGCCUGAACAAGGUGACCAAACAGAACCAGCGCCUCAUCUCCUGGAAGAGCUCAGCUGACCCAGCUCCUGGGAUCUUCUCAGUUGAGCUCGACCCCAAUGGAACCAGCCAGUACUUCAUUCAAUGGAAUAAGUCUGUCUCCUACUGGACCAGUGGGACUUGGAAUGGACACGUCUUUAGUGGAGUGCCGGAGAUGAUCGAGAGUCAUGAGGACGACUUCACUUACGUUAACAAUAGAGACGAGAGCUACUUCACUUACGUUGACAGUGAUUCGGCCAUCUCGAGGUUUAUAAUGGAUCCGUCGGGGCGGAUCCAGCAGUUGAUGUGGGCGGAUGGAUCCCAGGAAUGGAUACUGUUCUGGUCCCGGCCGAGAAAGCAGUGCGAAGUGUAUUCUCUCUGCGGGCCUUUCGGGAGCUGCAGCGAGAUCGGUCUGCCAUUCUGCAAAUGCGUCAAGGGUUUUGUGCCGCGGAACCAGACCGAUUGGUAUUUGCAGGAUCGAACAGGGGGUUGCGUGAGGAGCACUCCAUUGCAGUGCAGCAGCAACAGCUCGGCGAAUGUCGAGAAAGAUAAGUUUUAUCCGAUGGAUGGUAUUAGAUUGCCAAAGAAUCCUCAGAAUCAGCCAGAUGUUGCAAGUGCUGAAGAUUGUGCAUCAACCUGUUUGAGCAAUUGCUCUUGCACUGCUUACUCAUUUGGUGCUGGAUGUUCCGUGUGGUACGGGGAUUUGAUCAAUCUACAGGAGCAAUACAAUGGAUCGGAUGCAGGAAUCCUGUACCUUCGGCUGGCUGCUUCGGAGCUGCGGGAUUCCACGAGCAAGAAGCGAACGGUCACUGGGGCCGUCGCCUGUGUGGUUGCAGGCUUGGUAGUUUGUGUGGUUAUCAUAUGGGUGCUGAACUGGAUACGCUGGAAGAGGCAGAUGAUUCAUGCUGUGCAAGAAGUGGGGAGAACUCUGGUGCCAUUCAGAUUCAGCGACCUGCAGCAUUUCACCAAGAACUUCUCGGAGAAUUUGGGAGGAGGAGGUUUCGGUUCGGUGUUCAAGGGGUUCUUGCCGGAUUCGACCGCCAUAGCGGUAAAGAAGCUUGAAGGCCUUCGCCUGCACGGAGAGAAGCAGUUCCGGGCCGAGGUGAGCACGAUUGGAACGGUGCAGCAUGUCAACCUGGUUCGGCUUCUUGGGUUUUGCUCCGAAGGCACCAGAAGGUUGCUGGUUUAUGAGUUCAUGCCAAAGGGUUCUCUGGAUGCUCAGCUCUUCCAGAACAAUUCCAUGGUCUUGGACUGGAACAAAAGGUACCAAAUUGCUCUUGGAAUUGCUAGAGGAUUAGCUUAUCUGCACGAGAAGUGCAGGGAUUGCAUCAUACACUUCGAUAUAAAACCAGAGAACAUACUACUCGAUGCGUCCUUUGUUCCAAAAGUGGCAGACUUUGGUCUGGCAAAGCUGUUAGGCCGGGACUUCAGCCGAGUGCUGACUACGAUGAGAGGGACAAUAGGCUAUCUUGCCCCUGAAUGGUUAACUGGUGCAGCCAUCACUGCCAAAGCUGAUGUCUACAGCUACGGGAUGAUGCUUUUCGAAAUUAUAUCUGGCAGGAGAAACUUAGAGCAGACAGAGGAAGGGAAACCUACAUUUUUUCCUACAUUAGCUGCGAACAGACUCGUGCAAGGGGAUGUCCAAAGCUUGGUGGAUCACAGACUGGGGGAUCAUGUGAAUAUUGAAGAGCUCGAAAGAGCCUGUAAAAUUGCUUAUUGGUGCAUUCAGGAUGAUGAAAGUGCCAGGCCAACGAUGGGACAGGUUGUUCAAAUUUUGGAGGGCUUUCUGGAAAUUAACAUGCCUCCUAUUCCAAGAUCGCUUCAAAUUCUUGUGGAAAGCUCGGAGAACAUCAAUUUCUUCUCAGACUUGUCGUCGAAUCAAAGUUCCCAGACACGGAGUACCACUUCCACCGGCUCUCAAGUUAAAUGCACAGCAUCCAGGAGUUGUAAUGAAUGAAUAUGCCCAAGACCUUUCAAGCGUCCGCAUAACAUUUGAGUGAGUCCGCUUUGUAUUUUUCCAGUAUUAUUGCAAAGUAGUAGCUUCAUGCCAAGUCCAUGAUGUGUUGAAUGCUUUUAGCAUAGGUAAUUAAUUAUUAACUAAUAAUGGUCAAGGUGUCACGCACUCAGAUGCGGAGUUCCACACACUUCAUGUCCUUAUGUAAUGGAGUGAAGCAUAACUUAAAUCCUCGUAUUUUCUAGAUGAUGCCAGUAAGAGUAUUGCUAAUGCACAUUCCAUAUUUUUAAAUUACCGUA